AUGGAGAUAACCUCCUCGAACCCUAGCACCACUUCACCCUCGACCAAAAACGACCCAGACGCCAACGGCGACCGCAAGAACACUUCCCCAACCGAUCAGUCUGCCAACAUCUCCAUGACAAUGCCCGCAGCACCGGCCGCCGCCGCCGCCGCGGUCCACCAGCCAAAGAUUGUCCAGACAGCUUUCAUACACAAGCUGUAUAGCAUGCUUGAGGAUCCUAGCAUUCAGCAUCUGAUCUCCUGGUCAGCCAGUGCUGAGAGCUUUGUCAUGUCUCCUUCGGCAGACUUCUCAAAGGUCCUCGCGCAAUACUUCAAGCACACCAACAUCUCCUCGUUCGUCCGACAGCUGAAUAUGUACGGGUUUCACAAAGUGAGCGACGUGUUCCACACUACUAACCCCGAGACGGCACUGUGGGAGUUCAAGCACGGAAAUGGCAACUUCAAGAGGGGGGAUCUUGUUGGGCUCCGCGAAAUCAAGCGCAGAGCUUCCCGCCACGCCUUGGUUCAUCGCGAAUAUCCCAACUCUAAACCAAGUCCUUCCCAGCCGGGAACACCCUCGGAGCCGAUGCCACCUCCCAGCGACGGCUCAGACCCUCGAAUGUCCGGUUUAGAGCAUACCCUCUACGAUAUGAGCAUGCGGCUGCAGAGAAGUGAAGAGAAUGCGCACUACAUGCACGUCAAACAACAAGCUGUGAUGGAGACCAUGUCGCGACUCCUUCAGUUCAACCAAGAGCUGUCGCGAACCAUUCUCAACUUGGUUCCCAGCCCCGAAAACCCAGUUCACAGAGACAUGCUCAGUCUGCAGGCCGAGAUGGCUCGACAAGCCGAUAUGCUCCGGACGAUUGACGACCCUCAAGAAUCGCCCUUCGCCAGUAGCCGGGCGUACUUCUCCAACGUGGAAAAUGCCCCUGUCUCGCCGCGGCAAAUGCCCCAAGAUGACCCUAGACGAGCCAAUCUUGCGGUUCCUCAGCCCAGAGGGCAGAAUUUCUACCGACCUCCCGUACCCUCCAACUUGUCCAUCAGCACGCGACGACCUUACGGGUCAAUCGGCGGGGGCACCGCGCCACAGGCUUCUUCUCCCUUGAGAGGAGCGCCGCCUCCACCUCCACCCGGACCUCACCCCUUGGCCCAAGUUGAGCCGCCCCCGGGAAGCCUCGCGAGGCGUCACACGUCUGCCGACAUUCGUGCGCAUGGCUGGCAGCCGAGUGCUCCACCACCCUUUGCUUCCGGGCCCCCUUCAGGACCUUCUUCGGGGCCGUGGCCGUCGUCUCCCAGCCGACUCGCACCGGAGGAUCAGCGUCUUAGGGAGUCGUUAUCGACCUAUUCCUUGCAGGGUGCGACUCAGUCGCGUCCUCUUUCGCGGCCUGCAACCCCUCCUGCACCGUUCUCAAAUGGCGGCGGCGGGGAUACCUUUGGCAACUGGUCCUGGAACUCGGCGAAUAGAGAGAACAAGAAUCUGUCUGUUAGAGACAGCUCGGGACCUCCAACUCGCCGCGGCAGCAUGGCUCAUAUUCUCAACCCGACAGAUACGGCCGAGAGGGAGGACGAGGACGAAGAUCCUCGGGGCGACGACGACCGCAAGCGAAAACGGAUGCAGUGA